CAAAAUGAGACUCAUUGUCAUUCUGUAAAUCCUCUCUUUCUGGAAACUCUUUAAAAAAUGUUUUCUUGCAGGGUCGUGGUUCUAGUUUUCUUCCUAACAAUGCAGCAAGUAUGGGAAUCCCAUGAAGCGGCAUUGAAGGAAAAAUGCGACAAAAGCGAAAGUUGCGUGACUGGAAAUUCUUCGUGUGCUGAUGGUGUUUGCGAAUGUAACGAUGGCUAUGUUAUGGACUCACAAUCGAAAAUUUGUCUGUUAAGUGUAAAGUCCAUAGGGCAGGAACUUUGCAUAGAUAGCUUGCAGUGUCCAGAAAGCUCUUCCUGCUCAGAAAUCCAGGGAAAGAAGACAUGUAACUGCAAAAAAGAUUUUGUUAAGAACACCCAGGGCUCAGCGUGCCUCCAAGUGAGUACGAAGUUGGGUCAGGUGUGCCAGGAAAACGAUCAAUGCAAAAUUGACAAUUCAAUUUGCAAAGUUGGAAAAUGCUCAUGCAAUGAAGACGCACCAAUUGAAACUAAAAAUGAGUGUCUUAAGAGUAUUACGUCAAUAGACAAUGAAAAUUGCAAAGAUGACAUGCAGUGUCCAGGCAGCUCUACCUGCGUUGGAAACCAAGGAAAUAUGACGUGCAAGUGUAUACCUGGUUUUGUAAAGAACUCCCGGGGGUCCGCUUGCUUAAAAGAGAUUCGGACGUUGGGCGGGCGUUGCGAAGACCCCAAUGAAUGCAAAAUUGAAAAUUCAAUUUGCAAAGCUGGAAUUUGCACAUGUAAGGAAGAAGCACCAUUCGGGAUAUCAGACGAGUGCCUAAAAAAUGUUAAGUCGAUUGGAAAUGAAAAAUGCAAAAAUAACAUACAAUGUCCAAACAAUUCUACCUGCUCAGAAGGCAACGGAGAUAAAACUUGUAAUUGUGUGGCCGGCUUUGUGAGGAAUGCCCAGAGUUCAGCUUGCCUCGAAGGUGCUAAGAAAGUGGGAGAUGAGUGUGUCGAAAGUAACCAGUGCACGCUGAAUCUCAAAAAUUCAUUAUGCAAAACGAUCAAUGCUUCUCAGACGUGUGAAUGCAAUAAUGGUUUUGUUCUGAACACAAAUAAAUCUGAGUGUUUAAAGGUUGUGGCUUUAGGAGAAGAAUGCACUGAAUCCGUACAAUGCAUACGAAGCCAAAAAUGUUUAAACGAAAAAUGUUCAUGCGAUACGGUUACUCAUGUGCCACAUAAUAACACGUGCUUGGAAAAGAAACACGUGGGUGAACCUUGUUCGGACAAAGUGCAAUGCUUUCUCGAUGGGGGUCAAAAUGAACGGACAAACUGUGUUAGGGAGGUAUGCACCUGCUCAGAACCCUUUAGGCAAGAUCCAGGAAAAAACGCUUGCAUUUCAGGCGUGAGAAAAGCUGCUGCCUCUUUUCUAGUGACUAUUUAUUUGCUUCUGGUCAAGAUAAUUUUUUGAAACAUGUGUAAUUUUGUUAGCUUUUAUAUAGUCUCUCAUAAUAAUUGUAAACAAUGCAAAUGUAAUUAAAACGAAUACAUUUUGUAAUACUAAAUAA